CGAUAAGAUGGCAGCUGGCUGCCCAGCGCACCUACUGUAGAAAGUGUGGGGUCCGGGCUGGGAAAGCGGAAGAGUCGUUACCUCAAGCCUCAGCAGGCUAGCGCUCCGGCUACCUGCGCAUGUCCCUGUCUGAGUACUGCCGGAAAACUACCUUGGCGACUAACAGUCAACAGCGUGAGCUCCGGGGGACAAGGGGCGGUAGGACGCGAUGACGCAGUCGUGACGUACGCGUCCCGACGCAGCGUGACGCAAGGCGCUCCCAUUCCCCACUUUUCUCCCCUGGGGCAGCUUGGUAGCUGCCUUAGGGUGAGCUGCCUCAGAGUGAGCUGCCUCGUGAGGACAUGGCGGCGCCGCGGACCUGCGGGGACGCCUCCUGUUGCUCUCACCAGAGCGCCGUGCCCAGCGUGCAGCAGUCCCUGGAAGAGAUGGACUUCGAGAGAGGGAUCUGGUCAGCAGCACUGAAUGGAGACCUAGGACAGGUGAAACAUUUCAUUCAGAAGGAAACAGACCCCAGUCAACCUGAUCCUUCUGGAUACACUGCCUUGCACUAUGCCAGUCGAAAUGGGCACUAUGCUGUGUGCCAGUUCCUCUUGGAGAGUGGAGCCAAGUGUGAUGCUCAGACACAUGGGGGUGCAACAGCUUUACACCGAGCCAGCUAUUGUGGGCAUACUGAAGUGGUUCGACUACUGCUGUCCCAUGGAGCCAAUCCAGGUGUGGCAGAUGAUGAUGGAAUGACUAGCCUACACAAGGCUGCUGAGAGAGGUCACUUGGAUCUGUGUUGCCUCCUGCUGCAGCAUAGCCCAGCUUUGAAAGCUGUUCGAGACCGAAAGGCCCGGUUAGCAUGUGACUUACUGCCUUGCAACAGUGACCUUCGAGACCUGCUUGCUAGCUGAAUAACCAGAUUCCUGUCUCAGCAACAAUUCUGGAAUCUGGAUCCUCUACCCCUGCAUUCUACAGAGUGGGAAACCGAAACUCAGGGCUUGUGAGACUGGACAAAAGAAAUAGGAUCGUCCUGAGAGAGGUCACUGCCCAGGCCAGGAGGGGAACUUGGUGUAGGCGCUCAAGCCUGACAGGUGAUCAUAUUCUAAAUUAGCACAUGUGGAAAUGCCUAGCCAAGCUAUUUCCCUAGUUAAGAGUCGGUACCAAUGACCAGAUAAUUCUUAAGGGGGAAACAGCUUCUGUCCCACACCGCAGAACAACCCUUUUUCUUAGAGUAAAAUAUUCUUCUCCUCUAAUACCCUGAUAACCCAGUGAGUUAAUCUUGUUAUGGGGCAAAUAAUGAAAAAUAGAGUCAGACUUAUUUUUACUUUAGUAUUUUGCUGGCAGUCAUAAACAACUCUUUAGUGCCCUUAAAACUGAAGGCAAGAAAUCAUCUAAAAUCUGUCAAAACUACCAGGAAGCAAAGUGUUAGUAGGUUAAAGAAAAUCCCAAGGCAUUGGGUCGCUUGGACAUUAAAGCAUUAAAGCACUUGCAAGGAAAAUA